UACGGGCCCUCACUUGGCAGAAGCUCAAAAUAGCAUACCCACCUUACCUUCUCUCUCUCUCUCCAUCCUUCAGCACCAUAUUCCAUCAGAGAUAGCAUGUUCAGGAUUGGAUUAAGCAAAAAUGUCUCCAUAUCAAGAGCUUCACUUGUCCAGAGCUUUUUUGACAGGGAACUGUCGACAGAAACCGGAAGCAAGCUAGAAGGCAAAGUAGCAAUAAUCACUGGGGCAGCAAGCGGUAUUGGCAAGGCAGCUGCAGCAAAGUUCAUUAGUAAUGGAGCCAAAGUUGUCAUUGCUGAUGUACAGCACCAACUUGGUGAAGACACGGCAAAAGAACUAGGACCCAAUGCCACUUUUGUUUCCUGUGAUGUAACAAAAGAGUCAGAUAUUUCCAAUGCUAUUGAUUUUACCAUCUCCACACACAAGCAACUGGAUAUUAUGUACAACAAUGCGGGGGUACCUUGCUACACUCCUCCUAGCAUUGUUGACCUCGACCUUGCAGUUUUCGACAGAGUCAUAGGCAUCAAUGUCCGAGGAGUCUUGGCCGGGAUCAAGCAUGCCUCACGUGUGAUGAUUCCACGUAGGACUGGCUGCAUUCUGUGCACAGCUAGUGUCACAGGAAUGAUAGGUGGACUAGCUCAACAUACUUAUAGCGUGUCAAAAUCUGCCGUUAUUGGAAUGGUUAAGUCCAUGGCGGCAGAGCUAUGCCAGCAUGGGAUCCGCAUCAACUGCAUAUCACCGUUUGCAGUUCCAACUCCGUUUACAUUAGAAGAGAUGAGCAGGAUUUAUCCACACCUCGAUGCUGACAAGCUUGUGAAAAUGAUACAUAAUUCUGGUGUGCUAGGUAAAGCUACAUUGGAAGCGGGUGAUGUGGCUGAUGCUGCAGUCUAUCUUGCAUCUGAUGAUGCAAAGUAUGUUAGUGGGCAUAAUUUGGUGGUCGAUGGAGGUUUUACAUCAUUUAAGACAUUGGAAUUUCCUGCACCAGAUCAGUUGCAGUAAGACUUGAAGUGUUGUAAAUGCUGCUCAAAGGAUAUAAUAUUGAAUUACGAUUGGUAAAUUUCAAAUUUCUUCUGGUUAUUUGAAGUCCUGAGAAUCAACAAUAAGCUAAACACAAAUGAAUUUAAGC